AAGUGAAAGGACGUUCAACCAUAACCAAACCAACCAGUAGUGUUAAUCUUGUAACUUGUGGACGUGCAUUAGUUAUUUAGUUACUAAAUAUUUUUUAAUAAAUAAAAUAGUUCGGUACAAUUAACGUUAAUUACGUUUAAUAUUUAAAAGGACAAUGGUGCUAAAACUGUAUGGAGUGUCUGACGGCCCACCGUCCAUCUCGGUGAGGCAGGCCUUGACAGUAUUGGAGAUUCCCUUUGAAUUGAUUAAUGUUGAUUAUGGCGCAGGAGAACAUAUGACUGCUGAGUAUGCGAAGAUGAAUCCACAAAAAGAGAUCCCUGUAUUGGACGACGACGGUUUCUUUCUAGGCGAAAGCAACGCCAUUCUGCAAUAUAUCUGCGAUAAAUAUAAGCCAGAAUCAAAUCUGUAUCCACAGGAGCCGAAAGCACGGGCUAUCGUGAAUCAUAGACUCUGCUUCAAUCUAUCUACAUACUACGCUAACAUAUCUGCAUACACAAUGGCACCAGUUUUCUACGAUUAUGAACGUACUGAUUUGGGUCUAAAGAAAGUGCACAUGGCAUUAGAUGUAUUGGAGACUUAUUUUGAAAGAUUGGGCACUAGCUAUGCGGCAGCCAAUCACUUGACUAUCGCUGACUUUCCUCUUAUUAACACCACCAUGACUAUGGAAGCCAUCGAUUUUGAUUUCAGCAAAUACAAAAAGGUUUCCAAAUGGUACAGCGAUUUUAAAAAUAAUCAUCCCGAACUCUGGAAGAUCUCUGAAGGUGCAAUGAAGGAAGUUCAAUAUUUCGUGAAGAAUCCACCCGAUUUAACGCAUUUGAAUCACCCGAUACACCCGGCCCGUAAAAUUGCUAAAUAAAAUAAAUUAAAUAUGAUAA